CACCGGCCUUUGGUGAUGUUAAAGCAGGAGGUGUCAAUUCCAAAUCUUGCCCUCGAGGCAGCCGAGCAGGCAUCUGAUUGGUCGACCCCCCCGAAGCCCCCGCCCCCUCCUCGCGCCCUGCUCACCUGGUGCUGCUGCUGCUGCUGCUGCUUUCCAGCGUGCGCACCCACCGCGCCGCAGAACCCCCCCGUCCGACCCGCAAGCAGCCGCCUUCAGAUGGAUUAUGAGACCAAGAUCUUCCCUCGGACCGGCGGCUACGGCCGCUACAACCGAGCCGCGGUGGUUUUCAGCUGGUUCCCCGACUUCGCGGUCAUGCUGAACCUAUUCAGCGACGUGUUCUACACCUCGAUCCCGGAGUUCUACCACUGCAAGCCCGACGCGCAGCUUCUUCCGUCGGCCUUCCUCCCCAGUAACCUGUCCAGGCAGGGCUACCUGAACCUCACCAUCCCCUGGGUCAACGGCUCCGGGCUCAGCCACUGCGAGUUGUUCAAGUACCCGCCCAAUGCCUCCGACUUCUCCGCCAAGUUCUCCCGGGAGCGGGUGUCGUGCACCGCGGGGUGGGAGUACGCGCACGUAGCGGGGCUCCGGAGCAACUUCGUCACCGAGUGGAACCUGGUUUGCGGUGACUACUGGAAAAUCCCUUUGCAGCACAUCUGCUUCAUGACUGGGUGGAUUUGGGGAUAUAUCCUUCUUGGUACAUUGUGCGACUGGCUGGGCCGUCGGAGGUGUUUCCUGCUCUCCAUCAGUCUGUCCUGCCUGUUGGGAGUGGCCGUAUGCUUAUCCAGCAGCGUGGUGGCGUUUCUGCUGCUGCGUCUCUUUCAGGGCGCCACGCUCGCCGGGGUGUUCGUGUCCUCGUAUAUUAUCAGGCUGGAGCUCUGCGACCCUCCCCAUCGUCUCAUGGUUGCCAUGAUCAGCGGCUUCUUUGCCAUGUUUGCAGAGCUGCUGUUGCCGGGUAUUGCCGUCCUGUGCCGCUACUGGCCCGUUCUCCAGGCGGUGGCCACUUUGCCUCUGCUCCUGCUGCUCUCCUAUUGGUGUUGUGCGUCGUUGUUUCCUGAGUCUCCGCGCUGGCUGCUCGCCACAGCUCAGAUCCUCCAGCUGAAGAGGAGCCUCCAGGAAUUCUCCACCAGGAAUGGUGUUGGUCUGCAUGACGAUUUAUACCCUGGUGAAACCCUGCUGUCAGAGAUCGAUUCGGCGUACGGAGAAGACUGUCAGCCAGCUUACUUUUCGGUUCUGGAGCUUCGUCGCUCUCGCGUUAUCUGGAAGAACUGCCUCAUCCUGAGCUUCACGCUGUUCAUUGGAACAGGCAUCCAGUACUGUUUCACCAGAAACCUUCACAGUUAUUCCUCAAACUUCUACUUUGGCUAUUUCCUCCGCGUGAUAACCGGCGCCCUGGCGUGCGUCUUCAUCUGCCUGUCUGUCAACCACUUUGGUCGGCGCGGUAUGCUUCUGCUCUCUGCCAUCAUCACUGGACUGUCGUCGCUGCUGCUGCUGGCCCUCACGCAGUAUUUGCGUGGCGGGCUGGUGCUGGUGCUCUCUGUUGUGGGUCUGUUGUUCUCUCAAGCGCUCGCCAUGCUCAGCGCGUUCUUUGCCUGUGAGGUGAUGCCCACCGUGGUUCGAGGCGGUUGCAUUGGCCUGGUGCUGGCCGCCGGUUGUGUUGGCAUGGCCGCCUCCUCCUUGAUGGAGCUCCAGAAUAACAGCGGCUACUUCCUCCACCACGUCGUCUUCGCCUCCUUCGCCGUCCUCUCGGUUCUCUGCAUCAUGCUCCUGCCCGAGAGCAAGCGCAAGCCGCUCCCCGACUCCCUGAGGGACGGCGAGAACCAGCGGCGGCCGGCUCUCUUCCUGUCCCGGCCUGACCGAGACAACCUGCCGUUGCUGUGCGCCCGGCCAGCUCGGUCAGAGUACAACCCCGACAACUAUUCCUGUUUGGUCUCAGCCACCAGGAGGAUGCUGACUAAAGACAAAUUGCCUUAUAGGAUCGCCGUACCAACUGAUUCCCCGCUGCUGUCAGACAGUGAAACGUUGGAGAACGACUCCGUGAGAGAGGUCGCGUCUUAACUACGGAGCCUCCUCACCCGACCUCACAGACUUGGAUUAUCCGUCCUCCUCCUCGUCCUGGACAUACCGGCACCGACGGUUUACCAUCGUGCUCCACUUCAUUAUUUCACUCAACUGUAGAACGGACCCCGGGCUUGGAUGGAUGGAGCGCCCUUCAGAGCGUCUGUCCAUUGUCAUUCUCCUCUUGUUGCAUUUCACACUCGAAGGCCACUACUGUGCUGUGAAAAAAAAAAAAAAAGAGACUUUCUUCGGUUAUCAGAAGUUGUUGUCUGCACCUCAGGGGGGGGGGCGCUCAGGAAGUCCCCCUUUGAACUGUAACUCUGUGGCCGAACACUGCUCGUCUGUGUAGGGGAAUACGCCAGAGAAGCUCGCUCUGCCGUGCGGCUGCUGUAGAUCAUGUGAGCUGCAGUCCUUUGUCCAUUUAUUAGCUGCUCAUGCACUUUCCAUUAAGUCCGUCCGUCUGAUUCACCAGCAGCGUUUCCAGAGGAUCCCGAGCGCUCACAGCGUCUUUGUGGAGUCUUGUUGUACUCGUGGAGCACACAAGGGGGCGCUGAAUGACUGUGCCACUCCCGACCCUUAUUAAUGAAACUAUUUCACUUAAAGGAAUUUCGAUGGUCUAUGUGGGAAAGUAACACCAGAUUUCAGCCAGUAAAUUCUGUCUGUGACUGAACACUUUUUUGAAUUUUGCUAUUUUCGCAUUACGCUUCUCAUGAAAGUAUCCAAUACAUUUGCAAAUGUACUGACCACUAACUGUCAGACAAAAGGUCUAAGGAUUGAGGUGCUUUUUGUUAGUUAGUAAAAAGUAAUGACAACUGUGUUUUAAAUGCCUCAGAAUUCAGCACUAAAAACCAUACCUGAUUGGCAUUAGAUAUUUUCAAAGUAACUGCCCAAUACAACCUGAGUUCUUUUUUAAAACACAUUCUUCUGUAUUUAAUUUAUUGUAUUUAACAGUGACAUUCUGCCUGUGAAGAGAAACUGGUUCUUGCUAGAGUAGAAAAUGUUAAGGUAAAGGAGAAACGCAUCAGUGGUUUGGCCUGUAGGAAAGCUAAAUUGUGCAAAAGCUGACUAAAUGUGCUAACAGAUGAUUUUGUAUUGUCUAAAAUUUGCACAGUUGGUCAGUGAAAAUCAUGUACCUUCUUUUUUUUUAUGUUCAAAUUUCACAGACUCCUACCUAUACGACCGAAAUGUCUUUACCAAUUAAAAACCGCAGUGAAAAAGAAA